ACAGACGACUAUCGCUAUUAUCCGCGUACACUAGAGCUGGACAAACAGCUGCUACACCAACAGGGGGUGGACUACCUGUUCAUACCGGAGCACCAGGAGAUGUAUCCGGACGACUACCAGAUACAAGUGUCGGAGACGGGCGAUAUUGGCAACCAAUUGGAGGGCGAGCACCGGCCAGGGCACUUUACCGGCAUGUUGACCAUUGUGCUAAAACAUCUGAACGUCAUACGGCCCACCCAUUCGUACUACGGCGAAAAGGACUACCAACAGCUAUUACUAAUACAGAAAAUGGCCCGGGCACUUUUCUUGCCAGGGACUAUAGUUGGCUGUCCAACCAUUAGGUCGGAUACAGGUCUGGCCCUCAGUUCGCGUAAUAAUAGGCUGUCCGACGAGAGCCGUGAAAAGGCUAGUAAACUGCCGGUUGUGUUGAGGGACUCGUUGACCGUCGACGACGCCUACGAGCGCUUGACUGCACUCGGCUUUAAAGUGGAUUACGUGUGCGACCGAUGGGAGCGCCGGUUGGCCGCCGUAUGGCUGGACAGUGUCCGCCUUAUUGAUAAUAUAGCUCUUGAUAAGUUGGGCAAACUUGAGACUAGUGUCUGA